CUCUGAUCAGACAAUCGAGGCAGUAUCGGGCAUCGGGCAACCCGCUGUCACGUGACUGUUGAGUACUUGUCGGAACAACAAUUGGAAGUUCUAGGCUAGGCAUAAUGAUGGAUGGACUAGAAGAAAGCCCAAACUUGCUGGCUGAGGAUCAAGCGAAGCCAAGUCGCUCAGACACCGUAGACCUGAGUGCUGAUACGUCUCUACUUGUUGACAUUUCUGAUGCAUUAAGUGAGAGGGAUAAAGUAAAAUUCACAGUUCACACGAAGGUGGUACCCACAUCAAAUAGUUUAGAAAUUCUUACAACAUUGCCAGAUUUCAGCAAGAGUGAGUUUUCUGUUGUCAGGGAACAUGAGGAGUUUGUUUGGCUCCAUCACAUGUUUGAGGAGAAUGAAGAUUAUGCAGGCGUUAUCAUUCCACCAGCACCACCUAGGCCAGAUUUUGACGCAUCCAGGGAAAAGCUUCAGAAACUGGGAGAAGGCGAGGGAACUAUGACCAAGGAGGAAUUCUCAAAAAUGAAACAGGAGUUGGAAGCGGAAUACUUAGCCACUUUCAAGAAAACAGUAGCAAUGCAUGAGGUGUUUCUACAGCGUCUUGCUGCCCACCCAACAUUAAGAAGCGAUCAGAACUUCAAGGUGUUUUUGGAGUAUGAUCAAGAUUUAAAUGUACGAGGAAGGAAUAAAAAGGAGCGAUUCGAUAGUCUGUACAAGUCACUAACAAAAUCAGUUAGUGAGGUUUUUCUUUCUGGACAAAAGGAUGUUGAUUGUUUCUUUGAACACGAAAAGAGUUUUCUAGUAGAGUACCACAACCGAGUAAAGGAUUCCACCACUAAAUCAGAUAGAAUGACACGUUGUCAUAAAAAUGUGGCUGAUAAUUACAUUCAGAUAUCUGGAGGCCUCACUGGACUGGCUACAAUUGAAAGAACAGACUUAGACAAGUUUUUCAACAAGAUAGCUGAUACUUUUGAAAAACUUAGGAAACUAGAAGCAAGAGUUUCAUCUGAUGAGGAUCUCAAACUUUCUGAUCUUCUUCGGUAUUAUAUGAGAGAUUCAGCAGCAGCAAAGUCUCUGCUUCUUCGCCGCUCUCGUUCUCUUGCAAACUAUGAAACCGCUAACAAAAAUUUGGAGAAAGCUCGCCAGAAAAACAAAGAUCUUGCACAAUCUCAGACAGCGCAACAAAAGGCCUGUGAAAAAUUUGAGAAAAUCUCGGAGAUAGCCAAGGGUGAACUGACUGACUUUAAGGCACGCAGAGUAGAGGCCUACAGAAAAUACUUGGUAGAAUUAGCUGAGCUGGAACUUAAACAUGCAAAAGCCCAGGUACAACUUCUACGCACUUGCAUAACAUCACUGAAGGAGGAGCACUGAACUCACAGGAAAUUGACAAAGGAAGCUUGCUCCAGUGUCAAUAAACUUGCUGGUUAUCAUAUCCCAUAAUAUGUUUUCCAGUUGUAAUAAUAUUAUUUAUUUAUUUUUUAAAUUUUAUUUACAAAUUUAUUAUACAGAUAACUGUCUGUAAAUAGUAACUACUGUAGUAAAAAGUUUUGGAGAAUUCCAUGUAGAAAUCAUGGAAAUGUUAGAGAUAAUGAAUAUGUGAUUAAUAGGACAUUAUUCAAGUUAAUGAUUCAAAAAUGUAUAAAAACAUCCAGAAUUGUAACAAAUCAGGAGCACUUUAUCACUGGCUACAAGUGUGCUUUUGUGUAACAUUUUGUUAAAAAAAACUCAUCAUUGCUAGAAAAAUGACACUGAUUAUUUGGUUGCAUUGUACUUAAUGUUUGAAAGUAAGAUAACCAAAGUAAAAAAAAAACAUCUAUGUAGCAUAUGUGGACAUCAAAUCAGAUUAAAUCUGAUUGUACCAGUUUAAACCUGUUGAAACCGGUUUGAACUUGAUUAUACCAGAUUAAAUGAGAUCAUAUUCAAACAUCUGUCAACAAUUUUAACUAGGAAUGUUUUUGUUUUUUUAAUAUCUUCAAAUAUUUUUGUAUACAUGCUUUUUAUUCCCUUAUUUGAUUAGAUAUUAUGAAGUAUUCAUUAUCUGUGGAACUCCUUCCAGUAUCCACAUAGUUUUUGUUGUCAUAUACUUUAAAACUAGAUGGAAUUUGUUUGUUAUUGAAAUGAUUAUAAAUAUAUAAUACAUGUAUGUUAACAUUUAAAGGUACUUUAUUAAUUUUGAGACAUAUCGUCAUGUUGAUAAUAUUGUCAAGGUAUGUGGAAGUGUUUGCUUUAUUUGUUGCAAAAUGUUUACUGUACAACAUGUAGAAACAUAAUAUGUGAGCCUGACUGUACUAAAUCAGCAUAUUCUUGGGUACUUGUUCAUAGUACAUGUUCCCUAUUAUAAUAUAUGUGAUAUUUUAUUAUAUCUUAUAAAUCUGAUAUUAAAACAUAGCAUGAUCACAUA